UCCCCUUAGUGCGUGGAGAGCUUCAUUUGAUCAAACCCUUCAAGUUGGAGCGCUUCGCUGAAUCGCACUUUUCCACAACAUCUCAACUGUGGCUGCUUCACCGCGCUGCAACUUGUAAGAGGACUUCUUUCCAUCAAUAACUGACGCUGAAGAGAGGAAAAGGACACUGCAUCGUGUUGUUAUCCGCGAUGGAGAGAGGAAUCAGAUAUUGCCGGGUUAAUGCUUUCUGCACCCUGCUUUUGGUUUUGUUCGCCUGGGUUCCGGUGACCAAAACAGUGAUAACUUGCAGGUCAUGUCACCUGCUGGAUAAGUGGAGCGGACGGGAAUUACUGGUGAGGAUGGACAGUGGUGUCGAUUUUGGUAAAGUUAGUGACAAAAAUGGAGACGGGUCAGUGGCGCUGUUUAAUUCGGCUGGUGCUGAAACUGGUCAACCCGACUGCGGCGCAACCGACAACUGCGAACACGCUCACUCUGUGCGUAAAAGGAAUACAGACAGACUCCGCUCAGAGAAAAUGCCAAUCGAUGAUAAAUGGAAGUCGGUGCGCAGUAAUGGCAAAGUUUAUAACCUCAAACGUCCAGGUUCACAAGGUUCAGCCCCUGGAGAUCCCCAUCACCGAGUGCGUAGAAGCACCCAGCGACCCGACUCGCCCCCAGGUGCGCGCCCGCCGCCGUCUUUUGGCAACAGCACCGCGCGGACUGCGCGGAGAGUCCCCCGCUCUGAGCUGAGAUGGAACAGGGAAGAGCGGAGAACGGCCACAUCGCGACAGGAGGAGCUGAAACUUACCAGCUCUACCUUUGCGCUGACAGGGGAUUCCGCACACAACCAAGCCAUGGUGCACUGGUCCGGCCAAAACAGCAGCGUGAUUCUCAUGCUGACCAAACUGUAUGACUUCAAUCUGGGCAGUGUCACAGAGAGCUCCUUAUGGAGGUCAACAGAUUACGGAACCACUUACGAGAAACUCAAUGAAAAAGUGGGUGUAAAGACCAUCCUCAGCUAUCUAUAUGUCAGCCCCAACAACAAGCGCAAGAUCAUGUUGCUGACAGAUCCAGAGGUGGAGAGCAGUUUGCUCAUCAGCUCAGAUGAAGGCGCAACCUAUCAAAAAUAUCGCCUCAACUUCUACAUCCUCAGCCUGUUGUUUCACCCUGAGCAGGAGGACUGGAUCCUUGCCUAUGGCCAUGACCAGAAGCUCUACAGCUCUGUUGAGUUUGGCCGUCGAUGGCAGCUCGUUCAUGAGCGGGUGGCGCCCAAUCGAUUCUACUGGUCUAAACUGGGCCUUGAUAAAGAGCCAGGCUUGAUUCACCUUGAGACCAGCAUCUCAGAAACCCAGGCUCUUUAUGUCACAUGCAAGCUUCAGAACUGCACAGAUGCCAACAAAGGCAAACCUUUUCCUGGAUACAUUGACCCCAACUCCCUGGUGGUCCAAGAUGAGUAUGUGUUUGUUCAGGUGUCAACCGGCGGUCGGCCAAUCUACUACGUGUCAUCCAGGCGAGAUGUGUUUACACCCAUGAAGCUUCCCAAAUACACCCUUCCAAAGGAUCUGCAUGUGAUCAGUACAGAUGAGAACCGGGUUGUGGCAGCAGUUCAAGAGUGGAACCAGAAUGACACUUACAACCUGUACGUGUCAGAGGCCGGAGGCAUUUACUACACGCUGGCUUUGGAGAACGUCAUGAGCAGUAUGGGACCAGAGGGAAAUGUCAUGAUAGAUCUAUAUGAGGUGGCAGGAAUAAAAGGCAUGUUCUUGGCUAAUAAGAAGCAAAAUAAUGAGGUGAAGACAUACAUAACCUAUAACAAAGGCCGUGACUGGAGGCUCCUGCAGGCUCCCUCGGCUGAUCUCAGAGGAAACCGAAUCCAUUGCAUGCUGCCGUACUGUUCCCUGCAUCUCCACCUGCAAGUAUCUGCAAACCCAUACACAUCCGGAAACAUAGCCAGCAGAGAGUCGGCCCCUGGAAUCAUAGUAGCAUCAGGUUCAAUUGGCGCAGAGUUAACGAGCAGCAAUGUUAGCAUGUUCAUCACAUCCGACGCUGGAAACACGUGGCGGCAGAUAUUUGAUGAAGAGUACAGUGUGCUGUAUCUGGAUCAAGGCGGAGCUUUAGUGGCAAUUAGACACACCCCUCUUCCCAUCAGGCACCUCAGGUUGAGCUUUGAUGAGGGGAGGGUGUGGAACAAAUACAGUUUCACUUCAUCGCCCCUGUUCGUGGACGGCGUCUUGGGCGAACCAGGCGAGGAAACGCUUAUAAUGACGAUCUUCGGUCAUGUCAGUCACCGCUCAGAAUGGCAGCUGGUAAAGAUAGACUUCAGGUCUAUCUUUAACAGAAGGUGGGACUUUGAGUGUGAUUAUGGCUUCGAGAGAAGGGCUGAUGGGAAAUGUACUCCGGCAUUCUGGUUCCUCCCCUCCUCCAUGUCUCGGACCUGUACUACAGAACACACGUUCCUCAACAGCACUGGGUACAGAAAGGUGGUGUCUAAUAACUGCACCGGAGGGGUGAUGGAGCAGUUCACGGCUCGUAGGCAGCUAUGCCCUAGCCAGGCCCCUCGCGGCCUCCACUUAGUAAUCCUUGUCUUCCUGGAGGAGGUAUAGAAAGAUUCCAGCAACGUCACCUUCCUUGUCUUCCUGGAGGAGGGUGAUGGAUCGAAAACCAGCAUAACGGUGGAUUUCGGCGACGGAAACGCUUUCACCUACUCCAACGUGAGCUCUAUCGAGGAUGGGAUUAAACACAUCUACAAGAACGUGGGGAUCUACCGAGUGUCAGCCACGGCGGAGAACAGUCUGGGCACUGAAACGGUGCUCCUGUUUCUACACAUUACAUGUCAACUGGAGUCUAUUCACCUCUCCGCCCCUUUUGUCGCUGUGAAAAAUAAAGAAGUCAAUCUGACAGCAGUUCUCUCACCAAGCCAAGUGGGAACGGUCACCUAUAUCUGGUGGUUUGGGAACAAUUCGGAGCCCGUGAUCACGCUGGAGGGGAGUGUGGCAUUCACGUUCUCUCGAGAGGGAAUCAGCGUUGUCACUGUACAGGUGUCUGCUGGGAAUACCAUCCUGCAAGACAGGAAAACCGUCGCUGUCCACGAAUACUUCAGAUCUCAUCUUCUUGCCUUUUCAUCUAAUCUGGAUGAUCACAACCCUGAUGUGGCUGAAUGGAGGCUGGAUGUGAGUCGAGUCAUUAAAACCUCUAUGGUGCAGGCGACAGGAGUGAAUCCAGAGCAGCUGUUGGUCACUGUGUUGCCUGGACUGCCAACAGCGGCCGAAUUCUUCCUGUUACCGGACAAACAGCUGACAGAGGGGAAACCAGACAAAACAGCCACCCAUUUAGACCAGCUCUCAGAACUGGUUCUCAGCGCUCUGAAUCAGAAUCUGGUUCAGUUCACACUCAGACCAGGAGUCCAGAUCACAGUAUACGCUGCCCAUUUAUCAGCAGCGCCUCUAGUGGACACAAGCGAGAAUCACAGCGGCUCAGCUAUGCUCAUGCUCCUCUCUGUGGUGGUGGUGGGUUUAGCCGUGUUCCUCAUCUAUAAAUUCAAAAGGAAGAUCCCAGGCCUCCACGUCUAUGCAGCGAUGCAGGACGAAAAAGAGCAAGAAAUGAUCCAGAGUCCAGUUUCUCUCACUGACAGCACACCCAGCUUCAGCUCUCAGAGAGAGCUGCUCACAACACUGGAACCUCUGGACACAGAGCCCAACAGCCAGACCAUCGAAUGCAUCAAACCUCAUCCACGUGUCAAAUUCUCAUCAGAUCUUCCUACAUACAUUGACGUUUGAACUCUAGCCUCCGCCAUGUCAAGGACUUUGGUCAUGCGGAAACAAAGGUUUCAAGCUUUAUUCAGUACUUGUGCAUGUUGGACAUUAACUUUACUGUGCUCUGUGAAUACUAGAACAAACUUUGUAAAGCUUUUUUAUACAUCUGUGUAUUCAAGAAAACAUUUUUGAUGCUGUUCAUUUCUUAAGAUGCCAGUGUGUACAGAGUCUGAGGGAAAAUCCAGCAUGAAGGGUAGAAAAAAAGACAAUUAUACUUGGUUACCUGUCUGUUUCUUUUUAUCGCUAACAGUGGCAGUACAACAUGGAUAUGUGACAUUUGGAAGUGUUUUAAUAAUAAAGUGUAAAGUUAUUAAUGAUUAUUGUAAAAUGAAACACAUUUUCUGGGUUUCAUUUUGUAUAUCUAGCACAUCUGUACUUUACAUGUAACACAGAAAUGUAGAUUUUACCACUAAUUUUAUGAGUUUCAUGCCUUCAUUCAUGAAACAGGGUUAAUGUUGAAGCUUGCUUAUCUUAUUUUACUUCUCUGCAAUAGCAAAGCAUUUUUUCUUAGUAAAAUAAAAUCUUUGUGUUUCUAUGUAGAAAUAACUGACUGUUAGUUUACAAAUACAUAUCAGUGUCAAGAUAUUCUGCGUAAACUGACUUGAGACAUUAUGGCCAAGCAGAAGAUGAUAAUCGUGUACUGUGUCUAGUGUUUCAUAAACAGAUUUGUUUGGAAUAAUUCACAGAGAGUUACAUGAUUUAUGCUUUCAUUUUGCUUGUUUAUUUGAUAUCUUUUUUUUUGUGCAUUUAAAUUCAGUCAUGACAUACCAAAAGUAAACUGUACAUGCUGACGGAUACGAAUGUAUGAAUGUGUAAGUACAUAUUUAAAUAUUUAAGUUUUUUUUUUUACUUUCCCUCUUCACAUACUGUAUGAGCAGUAUAAAAUCACAGGGAAGCUAUGA